AUAACUUAAAAAUAUUUGAUAAUAAAAUAUUUCAAUAGAAGAAUUAAAUUUUUUGUAGUUUUAAAACCAAUUCUAAAACAAUGGAUGAAAGUCCAAUUUUAAAACGACCUAAACCAUCCGAUAAUGAGGAAGAAUUGUUUCGUAUGCAAGACGAAUUUCUGAAGAAUAAACAACAACCAUCGGCUAAAGUAAUUAACUUAAAACAAAAUGCAAAAUCUUUAAAUAUUACAUCUGCUACAGCUACUAACUGUCAAACAAGUUCUGGUAAAGUUAGAUCCAAAUUUUCUCAAUUGAAAGAUUUGCAAAUAAAGAACAGGAUUUUUACUUCUCAAAGUAGUGGAGAUGUUAUAAAUCCUGCAACAAAAGAAAAAAUUGAACUACAGGAUUCUGUUCAGAGUAUACCAAUAGCACCUUCAAGAGUAAUAUUAGGAAAUAUUGUAGAAAAAAAGUAUGAAACACACAGUUAUCCACUUAAUAAAAAAGUGUUAUGUUCCAAUACAGGUUUUCCUGAAGUUUUCAUUUCUACACACAUGAAAAAUGAUAAAAAUCAAAGUUUAUUUUACCAACAAAUUUCUCCAAAAAACUAUGUUACAAAUAAAAUAGAAAGAUCUCAAAAUUCUAAAUCUGAAACUAUUAUUGAUAGUAGUGUUAUUGUAGAAGGACCAUGGGCAGAUGAUAUACAUAAAGAAAAUUUAGAACGAUUAAGUCAUAUGAGUCAAGAGGAUAUACUUAAAGAAAAAACUAAACUUGAAAUGACUCUAAAGCCAGAACUAAUACAGUUUUUAAAAGAUAAAAUAAUAAAAAAACAGAAAGUAAAUAAAGCUCCAGAAAACAAUAAAAAAUUGAAUGUUGAAGUCCAUGAUCAAAAUGUAAAAUCUCUGAAUGUAGAAAAACUAACUGUAAAAGAAGUUUCCAGUAAUCAUAAUGAAGAUCUACUCAAAAAUAGUAAUAUUAUACCAAUGCAAGUAGAUGAACUUGAACAGAAUAUACCAGAGCUUUCCAAAGAAUUAAUGGAACAAGCAAGAGAAAAAGGUUGGGUACAUAUGGAUUCUCUUGAAUCUGAAAAAUUAAAAUGGAUGGAAGAUAUAGAGUUAAAUAAAGAAAAUGAUCCUAUUCCAGAUGAACCAUAUAAUGCUCGUUUUGAUUUCAAUGGUGUAUUAUUAGCGUAUAAAGACGACAAUUUACCUAUUGAAAAAGGCCUCCAUCAUCACGGAGAAGAACCUGAACGUCCUGGUUAUUCUUUACAAGAAUUAUUACAGUUAAGUCGAUCAUCGGCUCAACAACAACGCUGUACAGCUCUUACAACAUUAGCUAAUAUUAUAGAAAAAAGUCGUAGGGGCUGGUACGAUAAAAUAUUAGAACCUGCACCCUUGAUUGCUCUAAGUCAAAGGAAUCUUUUAUUACUGCUAAGAUUUUCUUUGGAUGAUACAUCAAUAGCUGUACUCACAGCAACUUUACAAGCACUUAGAGCUUUUUUAUAUAGUGAAGAGGAUGAAGUUUGCUUGGAUAGAUUAUAUGGUUUCCAAAAUUACAAAGAACCUGUUUUAGCAACACCAAAAACUGAUGUUGAUGAUAUAAGUAUUUUAAAAGAUCAUGAAUUAGCACAACUAGAUGCAGUUGCUGCCUUGUUAAGAACUGAUAUACUGUUAAGAAUUAGGUAUAUUUUAAGUGAAAUGCGACCCCCACCAGUUGCUGUAGUUCAUGCAUUAGAAAUUUUAAUUAGACUCACACGACAUUCGCCUAUUACUGCUUUAAAAAUUACAAAUACUCCAUAUUUAUUGGAGACAAUAAUUGAGAACUUCAUGCCAUUAUCCACAGAUGCAUUAGCAAUGGCAGAUGUCAUAAAUAAUGUUUAUGGUGUCCCGGUGGUUGCUGCACUUAGAUUUUGCCGCAUUUUACUUUGUUAUGGCGGAAAAUCUGUUGCUCAAAGAUUAAAUUACCUUAAGAUUGUACAGCGCAUUAUAUUAUACAUCAGUUGUGAUGCUGGGAAAGCAAGUUUUAAUCUCAGUAUUGAAAGUUUACGAUUGUGGAAAACAUUAUUAUUGCAUAAAGAAGCUUUGGAUAGUUUAUCUGGAGCACAGUUAAUUCUUAUAUCACAAUUACAACUCCUGUUGAGUAAUCAUGAUAUUCAAAGUGCAUCAGAAUUAUCUUGUGAAUACGCAGCUGCCUUAAUUGCAGUUGCAAGUUGUUUGACACCUUUAAAAGAAAAUAUAUCAGUCUUGCUUACUAAAUGGAGUAUACAAUUACUUUCUUUAAAUAAUGUUACGUGGGGUAAUACAAAACUUAUCGCUGAAACGUUAUUAGCAGUUAAUGAUAUUACUGUAAUUAAAACAUUGAAAAUAUCUCGAUCACAAGUAUUUUCUAAACUCAACUCUACUUCGAACUUGUUAAGUAACUGUUCUUUAGUUACUGAACGUGAACCUUCAGCAUUACCUCAUUUGGGUGUAUUAGCUAAUGAUGGACAAUUACAACCUGCAGUAUCUCAACAUUCUUGUAUGCCUUUUCUUGCAAUAGUUUUAAAUGUAUUCAUCAAUCAUUCUUUUAUAGAAGAGAUUCAGGCAGUGCUCAGUCAUCCACAAGUUUAUAGAUAUUUAGAAAGAUUAGAAACAAUAGACUGGUAUUUAGAAAGAUCAUGGUAUACGAGAUCUGAAUUAUUUUUUUUGGUUGCUCUAGUAAAUGCAACUUCCUUUGUUGGAGAUAAAUUGGAUAAUAAGAUGGUAAAUAUUAUUUGGAAAGUUGCUGUUAAACUUGUAUCAUCUUUACCAGCCGACUGUCCUUUUGAUGUAAAAAAUAUGUUUAGAUUUGCACUAUCAAAAGAGAAAUUAAAUUUGGAAAUAGUAACGAAUGAAGUAGAAAAAUUAAAUUUGAAUUCAAAUAUUAAAGAUAUUAAACUAAAUUUAAAUCGCGAUGUGUAUGAUUUGUAUGAACGAUAUGUAGCAUUAAAUAGUACAUGGGAUCAAGCAGCAAUGCCUAAAGAUUGGCUUUAUUUGCCUAUUGUACACAUUUAUACAAAAUGCAGAAAUAAUAAUGCAUGCAAUGAUAAUGAUAAAAUUGUUAUCUUAGCUGUACUAAGUUUAGAAUUAAUACUACCAAAUCUGGUUGAAAAAUUGUCACAAAGUUUAAGAUUUAGUAGAUUAGUACUUGUUUACUUGUGUGACACGUUAUAUUUAAAUAACGAUGUGUCUGUUUUACUUACUAGAGCCAUUACAAUUUUAUUAAAAGAUAAUUACAAAAAACUCAAUUUUACAAUAGAUUUACCAGGACUUACUUCAUUUACGGAUUUAUUUACUGCGAUGUGCGAACAUUUUUGUUCAACAUCCUAUGGUGAUUAUGGUUUUUCUAUGACUUUAAUGGUACCAAUUGCACAAAGACACAAUGUUCACUAUAGAAAACUAUUAUGGUCGGAACAUGUAGACUUGCUUCGAUAUGUCAGAUUACCAUUGGAACAAUCAGUUAUUCCAUUAAGAGAAUAUUUAUAUCCACUUGAGGAUGAUACAUCUUUAAUAGAAAGUUACAUAACAGCCCUUGUUAGAGGAAUUGUCAAACAAGAUUGGUGCCCUAUUCCUUAUACAAUUGCAUUGCAUCAUUCUGCUAUGUUUUUGAAACAAACACACAAAUUAGCAAUACGAAUCAAAACUCAGUUAAAAGAAAUAUCUGACAAAGGCUUAAUGGCUCUUUUAUUAAAUUAUAAAUCACCCACCUUUUAA